UCCGCCUCGGGGCGUGGCCUUGUGGCGGGGCGCCGCGGGCUCCCUCGGGGUCCCGGCGGGCGGGCACUCGGCGGCCGCGGCGCGAUGGAGGCGCCGGCCGAAUUGCUGGCCGCGCUGCCCGCGCUGGCCACAGCGUUGGCACUGCUGCUCGCUUGGCUGCUGCUGCGGCGUGGGGCGGCCCCGGCCUCGGCCCCGGCCCCGGAACGCGCGUCCCCGACCGAGGCCCCCGGGGCUCCGGCAUCGCCUGAGCCUCCCGAGCCCAGCGCCUCGGAGCCCGCACCCGCGGGGCCGCGCCAGCCCGAGCGCAUAGCGGAGCCGAGAGAGCCCGUGGCGGAGGAGCCGGCGGACGAGGGGAGGCAGGAUGAAGAGCAGGACUCAGACAGUGAGACGGGGCCGCCCACUGAAGAACCUGAGGAAGAGGAUGGAGCGGCCUUCUCCUUUAAGUACAGCCCUGGGCAGCUGAGGGGAAGCCAGUACAAGAGGAUGAUGACCAAAGAAGAGCUGGAGGAGGAGCAGAGGAUUGAGCUGACCUCUGACCUCACCUCCCUGUAGCGGGUCCUUUAGUCCUGGGCCACAAAUGUUCUUGCAAACCCUUGUGAACUGAAGAAUAACGAAGGUGUCCUUAGCCUCCUCCCGAAGGCUUUCUUGCCUUUUUUUUACAUCUUAAAAGCUUGAUUUAAAAAAAAAGAAAAAAAAAAGAAAAAAAGAAACCCCCAGGGAGGAGUCCUUGCAGGCUUGCUGUGGGGGAGAGUUUGUCUGCAAAUCUGCUGACAGGCUGAUACCCCCACCCCUCUUGGGCUCCCUUGGGCUAGCAAGAUCUUUGGGAGCCCUUGUGUCUCUGCCCUGCUCAGAGGUGUUUAUGGGGUGGGGAGACAACUUGCCAAGAAUGGGCUCGGGUCUUGGGCUUUUCUUACCAGCCGUGUUUGCUUACCACACCCCAUUUCCAAACCUGUGCUUCUGUUCUCACUGAAACCAAACCCCCAGAGUUGAGAAGUGACAGGCAAGCGAGGAGAAGCCCCACCGGUGCUCACUUGCUGUUAGAGAUGGUCACACACACCCUAGGGCGGGGUGGGGGGCUUUCCUCUUUCUCUCUGGCAGGAAUGAUUCAUGCCAGGUACUGGCUUUAACGUGGCCUCCCUUUUUGCCCCCACUCUCCUCCCGGGAGUCUUGGGUCUAACCCUCUGGUACUAAGGCCUUUUCACUAGUGUUCCUACCAGCUCAGCUUAGUCUCCACUUGGCUUGCAAUAGCCGUCUUAGCUUCGAGUAGACUUCUGGGUUGCGCAUUUUCAAGGUUAUUCCUGGAUGACUUUGAACCUCACCAGAUAAUCAACCAGCGGUCCCAGAUUAGUUUUUCAGAAUUUUAUAUUUGACAGUAUUUAUACUAUAUAUCAGACGACUCUGAAGUCUUAGACUUGUUGACAAAAACAUUUUUUUUUUCUAAAGCACUGAGUUUUUAGAAGACUUUCCAUUUAUUUAAUAGAAAACUGGAAACAUAUCCAGCAUUGACUCCUAAGCCGUGUGUUCCUGGCAGCCUUCUCCCGUGCCUGAUAACUUGGGUUCGGAGCUUAGGGUUGAGCAGGUAACAAAGCAGCAGACACAGCUCCAUGCCUUUGACACAGAGCCACGUGACCAAAGGUCACACUCUUUCCUAAAUAGCAAUAGUGAAGUCCCUGUCUAGGCGGGAUCUCCUCCAUACAGAGGAGUGACCUCUGGAUACCGUUAGUUAGGCUUGCGUGGAAACCUGAACACGGCUCAUGGGCCACAGGCCCUUCCCCCCACUCCUGGCAGCUGGGCUCGCUGUGUACAGCCCGUGUUCUGGCAAUAAAACGUUAAGCAGAGGACCUUGGUUACUGUGUGUUUGCUUUGUUUAAAAAGGAAGAAAGACCUCUUUAGAAACAAACUUUAAACCUUUCCUUUUGAUGCCUUUGAUGCUCCAGCAGCACACAAGGCUGUACACAUGCCUGAUUCCACGUACACAGCCCAGGCUGGAGACAUGGGUGUUGGGCUCAGAACGAUGGCUCUUGCAGAGGGUACAAUUCUCUUCCCAGAACCCUGAUGAUGGUUUACAACCAUCCAUAACUCUAGUUCCAGGGAAUCCAGUUCCCUCUCUGACCUCUGAGGGCAUCAGGCAAACAUGUGGUACACACACAC